UUUGACAACAGAAAGUUGCUAUCGUUUGAUUUUUGAUAUAAAUUUUUUGGUUAGGAAUUUGGUGAAGAGUUAAGUACUUUCCGUCUUCAUAUUUUCUAUUUUCCUCAAAGUUUUAGAGUUGAUUUUAGAGUGAACGACAAUGUCUGUUAGAGAAAUAAAGAAUGUUGGUGCUAGUUUGAAUAAGCUGUCUCUUAACGAAAAUGCCAAUGAAAAUAUCAAAUACCAGUUUGUUUCUGUGUUUAAAAAUCCUAGUAAAUUACCAAUUAAUCAAAUACAUCUGGAAAGAACUUGGUAUGAGUUGAAAAAAGACAUCCCAAAAGAUUUGGACCUAUUCAAUGCAUCAGAAGAUGAACUCCAGAAAAAGUUAUAUGACAAGAGAACUGAGAUCAUACCUGCUUUGGAUAAACGAUGGCUACCAAAAGUUAUUUUAUAUAACUAUGAACCUUAUGUAUGUACCCAGUCAGAAGAGGAGAAUAUAAGUUUUAUAACCAACAAUGUUCAUUUUAUAGACAGUUUACAGUAUUUACUAAAGUGCAACUUUCAUCAAUUUUGGUGUACAAUUUUUUUUGAACCAUCGGCUGCUGUUUCAUUGCGUAGUUUUAUUUUGAAUCCUGUUACUUCCCAUCAGUUGGCAUAUUUAGAACAUGAAUAUGCCGAAGUUUAUAAAACAGUAUUUAAGACGUUUCUAUUAGUAUAUCGAAGACUGGUUACAUUUAAAGUAUCUGAAUCCGAAUAUAUGCCAAAGGAUUAUGGAUACGAACAAUUAUUACAGAAAAAACUAAUAAAUUUACCAAUAGUGAACACAUUAGCGUUGUUAUAUAAAGAAACGAAUCUUGAUUUUGUGAAUACUUUGACAUCUUUGUAUUUCGACAGCACAUCUCAGCUGGAUUUUAGGUUCAAGGAAAUAGAAGAAUCGAUCAAUCAAAUAUUACUGGUUAUGGAAAUGAUAGGAGGACACGUCUGUGGCUUCAGUGAGGGUGCAGUAGUUGUCCCAAUAGCUAUAGGUCCACGUCCACCAGUAUUCGACUUGACUUGGAUUUAUUCAGUGGUCAAUUAUCUUUUAAAUACAAUGGCCCUUCUACAUACGCUUUUGGAAUUUUAUAAACCAGCAAUAGAAAUGUGUAUAGAAAAAGAUUUGCCUUUUAGGAUACCGUUUACAUACGUAAGCAUUUACAGAGAACUUUAUGAGUUCAUUGGUGAUAGAGAAGACUUAGACUUACAAAAAACACUCUCUGAGAGGGUAUUCGAUGAAAUUAAUUUAGGUCGUGCGGAAUUUGUUGAUGUAUACCACUUGUUUGUAACCUAUUGUCUGGACAAAACGUUGGAAUGCAUGGGUGAUGACAAGAAACAAGAAGAUUUAGUAGAGUUGUAUUUAAAAUUGAUGACUUUGGCCCUGGAGGAUGAUUACUUUAUCUGUGAUUAUAACAUGAAAUAUAACGUUUCUAACCAAAAUGAAAUGUUUGCUAGUUGCACUCUAAUAGAUCAUACACGAACUGAAUUUAUAAUAUCGUGUAUUAAUAAAUUACCUAGGCAUAAAACAUUACAACGUUUGUCGAAAUUAAACAAGCAAACGGUUGAGGAUAUAUUCAAGAAAUUCAAGCCACCCGAAAUAGAAGUAGAAGAAGAGCCAGAACCGAUAGCAGGGCCCUCCAAUAUGAAUGGAGGAGUAAGUGACGAUGACAUAGAAAGUAAAAUUAAAGAAAUUAUUGAUACUUUACCCCAUUUAGGAGAUGGUUUUGUCUUACAAUGCCUCGAAGCGUACAAUUUUAAUUCUGCUGAAGUAAUUAAUGCGAUAUUAGAAGAGAAUCUGCCGCCGCAUUUGUCCAACAUUCCAUUUGACCAAAUUCGAAUACCGCCAGAACCAGAACCUGAGAAACCCGUGUUAGCUUAUCAUGGCAAGAAACCAGAUUAUGAUGACACUUUGAAAUUACUGAACGAUAAGAGAGAUUUCAAGGAAAUCAAAUCUUUCGUGUUGGAGGGAGUGCAAUACACUAAUGACUAUCUAUAUGAUGAUGAAUAUGACGAUCGAGACUAUGAUGAUGUGCCCAUUAAAGUGGCUGAUAAUCAACUCGAGAAAGAAAUCCUUACAUAUAAUCCAAAUCAUGAAGAUGCGGCUAGCGAUUCGAGCGAAUCAGAAGAAGAAAGUGAUCGAAAUCAAGCAAAGGGCGUUAACAAGACUGCAGUAAAUAGUCAACCAAGUGGUUCUGGAACUAAUAGGUCUAAAAUGAACUUCUGUGAAGAUCCUGCUCUACUUAGAGAACGACGAGAAGCCAGAUUUAGGACACAACACAGACCACCUCCAAAAGGAAACGUUGUGGGAAAACCGAAAGGUCAAGGUCAAGAGAAAGACGUUUUGAAAGCUAGGGACAAGAAGACCGUCAACAAAUCAUCUAGAGCUAACCACAAUAGAAAAGGUGGAGCUCAGUUUAAGCGAAAUAGAGGAAUGAUUCCCAUGUAAGAGUUACUAUGGGAAAAUGUUUUAUGAAUAUUUCAUAAAGUUAAUAUCAAAUGUUGGAAGUGUAAAAAGCGAAGAGUUAAAAAUGUUAAGUUUUUAAUUUUUAUAUUUAUAAAUGUUCAAUAAGUUUUUUUGUCCUUCCUAUUAUUUUUAUACGUAGCCGCCUACUUUAUUAUUGGCUUGGCUUCAAUACAAUAUGUGAUUUUUUUUUCAGUCAUAGCUUCAUAGUCAUGGAGCGCUUAAUCUACAUUAUUCUGUUUAUAUUUUGCAUACAUUCUAUUUUCCUAUUUUAAGUAAUCGAAUCAUUUUUUCUAUCGUUCAAUUCUGUUUCUUGCUCUAUUACCCUUCGUUUGAUUUACUUUUCGUAGAAUUUUCAAAUUCUUUUUUAUCCAUUAUUUUUUGUUUUGUUUUGUUUACAUCUGCUUUUGGUAAGCAUUGUAUGUUAUUAGUAAACUUAAUGUAUUUUUGUAUUUCCUAGUUUUUUAAUUUCAUGAAAUGACAUUGUAAAAUUUAAAUAUUAUUCUUUUCAAGUAGAAUUACGAGGAUUUCACUAGGCGAGUGGUUUACCCCUAUAAGCAGAGCCUCAACCGACUAAUUCUUUUAUUUUUUGCAUUUCUAAUGCACCAAACCAGUUUUAUUCGAUUCUGUAUAUUUUUCUAAGUUGAAACGUAUUUUUUUUAUUUUUACAAGUGAGCCGACGAUUAUUGUUAAAUAUUAACAAAUAGGUUAUAAAAAAAGUAACUUCACCGAAUUGCUUCGUAAUCAGUUUUUAAGCGUAUCUCAUCGAAAUAAACACUUUUACUCUCUUACUAAUUUUUCUAAAAAUGCUUCCUUUUUGAGUUAUUUGCAAUUUUUUGUUGAAAAACAUGCAUUAAUUAGUGAUUUUUGAGAUUAUUUUCUAAAAAUCUACUAAAUAAAUUGAUAUUCUACGAAAAACUUUAUAAUCUUUAAACCGUCUAGUACAGUGGUGGGCAAACUUUUUUAUUGGGAGCCACAAAAUUUAAGAAAUUCCAGAGGAGGGCCAGAAUUAUAGAAAAAUACAUUUUUUCCAUAUACUAUCCAUGUCGAUGUACACUCGGCGGGUCGGAUUAAAUACUUUCGCGGGCCGUACUUUGCCCAUCACUGGUCUAGUACAAGUAAGAGUAUUUUGACAAGGAUAAGUGGUGUCUAUUUUACUAAAAACAAAUAGUUUUAAAUUUAAACAAAGAUUUUAAUUCGGCGUCGCACGCCUAAAUCACUGCGACCGUUGUACACAUUUUAAGGUAUAUGACAACGGUAGAAGUAUUCGAGAUAUUUGGAUCCAUGUUUUCGGCGAGAUAGAAACCAUUGAUCCUUGUCAACAUAUUCUUACUUGUACAUAAAGAUUAUAAAGCUUUUUGUAGAAUUGCAAUCCAUAUAGUAGUUUUUUAGAAAAAAUCACUAAUUAAAGCAUUUUUUUCAACAAAAAAUUGCAAAUAAUUCAAAAAUGAAGCAUUUUUCGAAAAAUUACCGACACAGAAAAAGUGUUUAUUUCGAUGAGAUAUACCUAAAAAAUUGAUUCCGAAGCAAUUCGGUCAAAUUUCUUUUUGUAUAAGUUAUUUGUUAAUAACAAUAAUUGCCGGCCCACUUGGAAAAACUAAAAAAAAAAAGUACAUUUCAACUUGGAAAAAUAAUAUCGAAUCGAAUAAAAAAAGGUUUGAUGCAUUAGAAAUGCAAAAAAAAAUUAGUCGAUUUAUUCUGUUUCUAAACGUCUUUUGAUGGGUAAACCGCUCGCUUAACUAAUACAGUUAAAAACCAUUAUUCUCGUGUCAUUAAUUGAAAAUGUUGCUAUAUAUAGCAACUUGUUUCCGGCAUACGUUGGACAUUUGGUCUGGAGAUUUUGGGAUUGCAUCCAUCUGAGUAUUUUUAACCACAGUUUCAUAUAUUUUAAUUUUUGUCCUUUCGUAAUAACUUUAUUCCACUACAUACCAUUGAGGCAUCCCAUGGCUUUGCUUAUGUAAUUCGUUGGUCCAUUUCUCUUGAAUCAGUGCUGGUUAUAUCAAAGAUUAGACCCAAGUAGUCAUAACUCUGACAACAAGAAGUUUUGUCCAUUUUCGAGGUCCAGGUUCUAUGACUUGUUUCCAAUACUGAUAUAUUUGGGGUUUUCGUUGCAUUUACAUUUAUUCCCCAAUCGCUAUAUUAUUCUACCCGUUUUCUAAGCAUAUACUGCACGUUGUCUCUGUCAGCCAUCACUAUCACUUGGUCUGAACUUUUCAGAUCUGUUGAGUAUAUAUCUUGAAUAAGGUUGGUUAAGGUUGGCUUGAAUAAGAUACAACAUUCCUGUCGUAAGUCUUUUGUAACUGGGAAUUCUUCCGUAAAAUAUUUACCUGGUUUUAUCUUUGACUUUGAAUCUGUAUACAGUUCUUGUACAGCAUUUAUCGAUGUGUGAUUGAUAUUCGAUCUUUUCAAUGUUGUCUACAAUUUUGCUAUGGGGAUGUUGUCAUUAGCUUUCUGGCGAUCUACGAAAGUGAUAUGAGUUUCUACAUUCUUACUAGAUCUUUUUUUUCUCUUAUUUGUUUGAGACAAAAUACAUUUUUGGUGCACGAUCUUCCUACACGCAAACUGUUAUGUUCUUCUUCGUAAUGUUUUUAAUCUUCUUCGAUUAUAUUCGUCAAUACAGUCUGCUCAAGGGGCUGGUUCUCGAUAUGCCUCUAUAAUUACACUCCCUUUUGUCUCCCUCUUUGUGUAUUGAGGAAAUGUACGCCGUUCUCCAUUGUUCUCGUAGAUUCCUGAGCAUUUCAGCAUAAAUUUCCUUAAUUAAUUAAGUCCAGCAGAUUUGCCAUUCUUUAGGGUUUAGGGUCAUAUUAGCCUUCGUUGCCGUUUCGGCAUCCUAACUUCAUCUCCUUAUUAUUCUACUGUUUUUUUUUUAAGUCUAGGUACUCCUGUCUUUUUUUCUGUCAGCUAACUUUUAUAAUGUUCUUUCCAUUGGUUUGAUGUUAUGGUUUGUAUGUGCGCUGUGUCUUUUCCUGUAUAUUUUCCAGAUCUUGUAAAACUCCUAAUUCUGCAUUUUACCUUCUUCCGCAUGUAUUGAUUUCUUAACUUUUCUGGUCCAAUGUCUUAUUCUUCUCUUGUUUUAUCAUUUUUCGUAAUUGUCUAUUGAUUUCUGCGGAAAUUUGUCUUUUUGUCAUUUUAAGUACAUAUUGUACUUUUUUCUGUUUUACUAUAUUUUGUUGCAAUUUUUGUUUUGUUGUAUCCUGAGUGUUUCCAUGGAGUCCUGAUAUAAACUUGCUAUAUUUUUAUUAAUUUCUUAAAAUACUUGAUCUAUUUCUUGUAAUUUUUCAUACAGCUGCCGUUUAUAUAGCUGUUUAUUACUAUAGUUUCUAAAACUAUUGAAUUGUACUUUGUUGUUUUCAGUUCUUGCAAAUCCUCUUUGUCUUCUAAGUCUUGGUCGCUGUGUAUUUUCUUAAAUGAAAAGACAAUUUUAGCUCUUCCUAGGUAGUGAUCGAAGCUGCAAAUGUUGCUGUCUUUUUAAAUUUCACUAGUGGAUCCUAUUGUGGUUGGUUCGUCUUUUCAACUGGUAUUUUGAACAUUCUAUAAGGACAUGCUUAACACUGAGUGGAACAUUACAGUUGCCACAUAAAGGUGGGUUGGUUUGACCAAAUAUGUGCCCAUGGAUAAGUCAGGUAUCUCCUAGACGAAAUCGACCAACAACACCUUGAUGAAUUCUGUUGGGAAUUUGAUAUUUCGACGGUUUUAAGGAGAUUUCACUUCGUGAAGUUUUGAGGUUCAAUUAUCCCGGUGGUUUUGUCAUAAUUGUUUGACCUUCAAUUCAAAAAUAAUUUUAAAUCAUUUAGCACUACAUUUCUCAUUUCACUCGCGGUUUCACUGGUUCUUGCUUGUUGGGCUGUGCGAUCCUCUGCUUCCUUGAAGGUCAAUGUUUGAAGAAACUCAUCUGAAUUGUAUAGGAUGAUUGCUGUGUUGUAUUGUAGUUAGUUAUUUUUUAAUUGGUUAGUUGAUCCGGGUCAACGGGUUUGAAUCACUUAAUACACUAGGGUCAAUAACCCGGGCCUCAAGCAAUUUGAAUCUUUAUUGAUGGAACUGUAUGUAUGUCUUUUAUCCAUUAUCCCUCCUGUGGUGGGCAUAGGGUAGUCGAAAUUUUUUUCCAUUUCUACCUGUUCUUCGCGAUGUAACUCAUCUGUCUAAAGGUCAUAUUGGUUUCUCCUUGGGUACUUCUAAUCCAAGUUUCUUUUGGCCGUUGUUUUCUUCUUCCUUGUGGGUUCCAACGUAAGCUGACUUUCUUUGGAAUUUCGUUUUCACUUUUUCUUAAAGUAUGUCCCAGCCAUUAAAACUUCCGUUUGCGUAUUUGUUUUCUAAUUUCCCCUUCUUCUGCUCGGGUCCAUAGCUCUCGGUUGGUUAUAACUUCGGGACUGAUGGAAAUACUUUUUUAAAAUACAGACACUAUCAAAGAACAAGUAAUAAUUACUGGAAGGUUACUGAUCGUAUCCCUAAUUUACCCUGUUUAGUUAGACAAGCAGUAUAUGAAAAUGUAAUAAAACUAUUAAAACUAGGAAGGUGGAAAACGCGGUCCUCGGAUCACUUCAAUCCGGAUCUUAAAGAUCCAGAUCGUAAAAAUUUCGAGAAUCGGUUCUUACGGGUGACAGUAAAGAUACAGAGGUUUGAUCCGGAUCGAUCGUGAACGAUCUAUCACUUGUACCGGGUGUCCCAAUAAGAAUGGCUCUCGGCCAUAUCUCAGGAACCGUUUAUAGUACAGCUUUGAGAAAAAAAUAUUUAUAACAAAAGUUGCCGGGAACAGCCUGGAAAUUAUUUUCAUAAUUGUAGGUCCACCGCUAGAGGGCGUAAUUGAAUAUCAAAAAUUAAAAAAUCAAAAUUUUAAAAAAUGUACCUAAUGAAAGGGCACUGGAAAUCCAAUCAUCGUAUUCUUCAUAAAAUUCUGCGCAUAUUUGAUUUCACAAGUUUAAGUCUACCUUUGCAAAUAAGAGGUGGGGGUGAGUGGGAACUUUGUUAUGAAAAAUGGCUGUAAGUCCGGUUCUGCUAAAUCGAAUUUUGCAUACUUGGUCUUGUUGAAAACAGCUCUUUUUUGUCAAUGUAAGUGUCCUAUUUUUGAAAUAGCCUAAUGAGUAAUAUGCAAGUUAGGAGGCGUUAUUUAAUUAUUUUUAGAAAUCUAGUUUUCUUUAUAAAAUAUUAAAUACAAGUAUGCAUUUUUAAUCAUGUAUUACAAAAUUAGACCAAAUUAGCAACAUAAUACCGAAAACCGCAUGUCGAUACCUUUUUUCUAUCUCGAGAUAUCUUAAGCAAUGUGUAAAUUUUAAACAUAACUGUUACUGUCACCGGUAAACGAGGUUAAGGAAAAGUAGUGUGCUAUGGAAAAAACAAAUAAACAUUUUUCAGAUGUAAACGUACAUAAUUAAUUAAAACAACAAUAAGACAAACAACACUAUAAAAUAUAACAAAGAAAUAAAAGCAACUACUUAGUCUUAGUGACUGCCUAAAUGUUCAAAUUGUUGCCCAUCAUUUUCGAUGCAAGCAUUUACUCUUUCAAGAGUAGAUUGAAUAGCAACAGAUUUAACUGUUUUUCCCUUUUAUUUAUGGGGACGGAUUAAAGACCUUGUUUUUGCCGUCAGGCCCACUACGCGAGAAAACAUGAUCUAGAAUCUAGAGAAUACGAAACGCCAUUCAAAGCAUUGCGAAAGCAGAAAUUGAGACUGCUGUUCAAUCAACUGUUGAAAGAGUAAAUGCUUGCAUCGAAAAUGAUGGGCCACAAUUUGAACAUUUAGGUCGUCACUAAGUAAUUGCUUUUAUUUCUUUGUUAUAUUUUAUAGUGUUGUUUGUCUUAUUGUUGUUUUAAUUAAUUAUAUACGUUUACAUCUGGAAAAUGUUUCUUUGUUUUUUCCAUAGCACACUACUUUUCCUUAACUUCGUUUACCGGUGACAUUAACAGUUGUUUAAAAUUUACACGUUUCUUAAGAUAUCUCGAGAUAGAAGAAAGGUAUCGAUAUGCGGUUUUCGGUAUUAUGUUGCUAAUUUGGUCUAAUUUUGUAAUACAGGAUUAAAAAUGCAUACUUGUAUUUAAUAUUCUCCAAAGAAAACUAGAUUUCCGAAAAUAAUUAAAUAACGCCCACUAUCUGGCACAUUACUUAUUAGGCUAUUUCGAAAAUAAGACUCUUACAUUGAUGAAAAAGAGCUGUUUUCAACAAGACCAAAAGUAUGCAAAAUAUCCAAAAAAAGUCGAUUUAGCAGAACUGGACUUAACGUUGUGAAAUCAAAUAUGCGCACAAUCUUAUGAAGAACACGAUGAUUGGAUUUCCAGUGCCCUUUCAUUAGGUAAAUUUUGUAAAAUUUUGAUUUUUUAAUUUUUGAUAUUCAAUUACGCCCUUACCGGUGGACCUACAAUUAUGAAAACAAUUUCCAGGCUUUUCCCGAUGCAGCUUUUGUUAUAAAUAUUUUUUCUCAAAGCUGUACUAUAAACGGUUCCUGAGAUAUGGCCGAGAGCCAUUCUUAUUGGGACACCCGGUACAACUACCAGUAGCCCUUGGCACAGCUGUAUUUACAUGUAAAUAAGAUUGUCUGUCAAUGAACGAAAUAUCAACGCUAUAUAACUUAUAUUUAAGUUUGCGUAAUUGGUUUUCUACAGGUUUUAGUGCUAUCCACUGGGUAAAUCGUUGUGAUAAUAUUCAAAAUCGGAAUACAGUGAUGAUCGAGCUAAUGACCGGCAAAAUAACGAAAAAAUGGAAAACAUAUUAAGUUGUGAGAUAAAAAUAAACGAAACUAGUGGAGAUGGGAAAUUUAGCGAUAAAACCUAAAAAUUUAUACUCUAUUUAUUGUUUCCCACCUUUAGACGUAUCGGACGAGUUUGUCAACUGCCACUGUGAGUUGACAUACUCCGCUGAUACGUCUAAAGAUGGGAAAAAAUAAAUAGAAUGUAAAUUUAUAGGUCUUUAUCGCUAAAUUUCCCACCUUCACUAGUUUCAUUUCUUUUUAUCUCAUAACUUAAUUAUGUUUUCCAUCUUUUGCGUUAUUUUGCCCGUUACUAGCGCGCUCAUCACUGUAUAUCAGGAUGGCACGCGCAUUGGCAAUAUUUCGCUUCCAACUACUCCCAAGAAAACACUGCCUUUAUCUUAGUUACAACAAUUAAAUAAUUGCUUUUUAGCACUGACUGGUUUGGUAAAAGAUUUUUAAGCCUGCGAGUAGGAUGAAAUUAUUUUUAAACUGGCGAUACUUGUGAGUUUAUCCUUAUUCUUCCAAUGUAUAUUAAAAAAAAGCAAUUAUCGUUUUUUUUUUGUUUUAUGGAAAUUUAGUAGUGACUGAUUCAGAUCAAAUAGUAUGGCGAAUGACACAUAAAUAGUCAUAUUAUUUAAACGUUUAAUAUUUUGUUAACUAUUUCAAUUUUGUGUGAUUGUUUAUAAAUAUAUCUAAUGUAUAGUUUCUUAAAUAGUAUAGUAGCAAAUAUUACAAGUGCAAACCGUAAAUUUUGAAUAGAAUUCAUUUAAAAUGUCAUUUCUAUAUAAUUUUUGUACUUCUAACCUUUUAGCGUAUAAGUAGUACAAAAUUAUAAGAAAUCUUUUUAGAAAUAUGAAAUUUUUGUAUAUUUUAUAAGCUUUUACAAUAAUUUGAAAUUAGUUAAAUUUUGUAACUUUUUUGUUACAUGUGUUAAUAUGUUUAGAAUACGCUGAACAUGUAUUUAAAAGAUGUAAUAAUAAACUUCCAACAUUUUAAAAAACAUUGUUAUUGCGAACCAAUGAAAUAUUUCCAUUUUUUGUUUAAAUUAAAGAUUUAUUUUUAA